AGGAUCGAGUGUUGUGGUAGAGGCGAGCUCAGUGGCCUUGAUGCUAGCCCUUUAUUCAAAUACAUUCCUGGUCGACGCCUGUUGUUAUUAAAUGAGGGCUUUUAUAGGGCUACUCCACUAGUUCCCUGGCAGUGCUUGUUCCAUUCAUCAAUUAGAUAUAGACAAAAAGUACAACAUUGAAAGAGAGAGAACUUUAAAGGGAAGGGAUGGAUUAGUUUGACAACAUUUUCAUGAGUGCACCUUCUGUGUGAUCCAAGAAGGAACUUUCUGAUGCAGAUGAGAAAAUGCUGAGUCAUGGAUUGUUGUCGCUAUGAUAGCGAGGAUGCAAGCUGCGCUCCGCAAGAGGGACAUUUAUUGUUCCAUUAGACGGAAGAUAUCCUUGUCAUUGACCCAAGCUAAAUAUUGCUGAUGCACACGGUGCGCUGAAGGACAUAUCUCUUUCUCCAUCUAUUCCUCCUCCUCUAUCUAUAGCCCUCUGCAUCUCUCCCCUGCUCCAGCCUCACCAUCACCUCACCUUGUUACACCCUGCAGGACGCCAAUGUCAAGUGGGCCCCUUGGCUCUGCUCUGUGUUUAGCGCCCUGCUGGUCUGAGGAAGCCCGUGAAGGAGAGCAAGAGGAAAGAGAGGGGGUUUACAAAUCCAGGAGACCCUUUGUUUAGUGAAUCAAACGUUGCUUAAUUUAUUUGACUCAUCGAACCAAGCACGAAUGGUUUAUGAGUUUUGUAGGGCCUGACAAUUAAACAAUUAUUUUUACAUAUAUAAUAUCCUUAUUUAGUUGAUUAUCAGUGUUAAUUAGUGAAAGAAAGGACCCCUGUGUUUUAUUUCCUUGUAUAUUCUCCAUCGUCGAUGUGUUGUAUGUGAUCUCACAAGAUUCACAUUCCAUGACAGCGUUUGACAACGUUUGUCCAUAGCAGCAGUUUUAGUUGGCAAUGGGGAAAGCUUCCGGGUUUCUAAAUGAGUGAAUAGAAUGAUAAACCAACAGAGCGAAGACGGGCAGAUUAAGAUGCUGACAAUAUGUAAUCAUCUGCUCAGCAACCAGGUUGUGCCCAACCUGACUUUACACACAAUACUUGUUAGUUUGACACACUUUACCAUCAUUCACACAUUUGAUAAUAACCUGUGAUUGAUAUUCAACAGACUUGCUGACACACACAAGUUAUCAAUAAUAAUUCAAUGUAUUUUUGAAAGGCAAAAACAAACAUGCUGAUUACAAAAAAAGUCACACAUUUAAACUUGUUUAAGCGGGCUUUGCAUGCGAGUCCUGAAUCUGUCUAGCAUUGCUCUCUGGAACUAGCAUUAGCCUCUUCUGCUGGGGUCACUCAUGUUGAUAUCUGUGACCUUGUCGCUGUGGGCAGCUAUGUUUAAUUACACUGAUAAGAGCCCGCAAUAUAAGUAGUUGUUGCGACCCGAGUGUCCAGUUUAAGAGCAGCAGCUCCUCUGAUACUUGCUUAGCGGCGGCCCAGGUGUGUCUGAUGAGGUGACAUGUCCAAACACAUGGAGACGCUGAGGAAAAACAAAGAGGACAAGCUCAGCAGCAUCAGCAAGGCCAUCAACUCCACCGAGGCGCCAGUCAAGGAGAAACAUGCUCGUCGCAUUAUACUGGGGACCCACAGGGAGAAGGGGGCCUACACCUUCUGGUCCUACGCCCUGGGCCUCCCUCUGGCCAGCAGCUCCAUCCUCAGCUGGAAGUUCUGCCACGUGCUGCACAAAGUACUACGAGACGGACACCAAAACAGUCUACAGGACUGUAUGAGGCACCACAGCAGUCUGAUUGAGAUUGGGCAGCUAUGGGGCAACCUCCACGACAAAUAUGGACAGCUGGUGGCUCUGUAUUCCAAGAUGCUGUGUACAAAGAUGGAGUUCCACGUGAAGCAUCCCGAAAUCCGAGCCAACCUGGAAGUCACAGAUGAAGUCCUAGAGCGAGCUGCAGGGACAGACAUCAAUAAUGUCUUCCAGCUCACCGUGGAGGUGUUCGAUUACAUGGACACGGAGCUGAGGUUGGCUGAGACAGUGCUGCGGCAGCUCAACACGUCCAUCGCCAUCUCCACGCUGACGGCGGGCCAGUGCCGCCUGUCUCCGCUCAUCCAGGUGAUUCAGGACUGCAGCCACCUCUACCACUUCACCGUCAAGCUGCUGUUCAAGCUGCACUCCUGCCUCCCAGCGGACACGCUACAGGGCCACAGGGAUCGCUUCCACGACCAGUUCCACAGUCUCAAGAAUUUCUUCAACAAAGCGAGAGACAUGCAGUACUUCAAAAGACUGAUCCAGAUUCCUAAGCUGCCUGACUCCCCGCCCAACUUCCUGCACGCCGCCUCGCUGGCCAAACACGUGAAGCCGGUGGUGGUGAUCCCCGACGAGCCGCAGGACGACGAGGACGACGACCCGGAGCCGCUGAUCGAGGUCGGAGACGUCCCCACCGCCAGCAGCGCCCCGACCCAGCAGUUUGACAUCUUUGACCAAACCUUCGGGGCUCCCAACGGGCGCUUUGAUGACCGGGACCAGCAGAUUGAAGGCCUCAAGCGAGACGUGGAGAUGCUGCGGGCAGAGCUGGAGAGGGUGAAGGCUGAGGCCCAGCGCUACAUCACGCAGCUCAAGUCCCAGAUCAACAGCCUGGAGGCGGAGCUGGAGGAGCAGCGGGCGCAGAAGCAGCGCUCCCUGGUGGAGAACGAGCAGCUGCGUAUGGAGCUGGAGGCCACGCGGCGCCGCAACGCCGAGCACGAGAGCGUCCAGGCCACCUUCAGCGAGGCCGACAAGAGAGCCCAGGCCACUGAGCAGCGCUACAAUAAGCUGAAGGACAAACACACUGAGCUGGUGGCUGACCAUGCUGAUUUGCUCCGCAAGAGCGCCGACACGGAGAGGAUCCUGACCGCCAGCCACCAGACCCACGAGGAGGUGGAGCGCAUCAAGAUGCAGAUGUCGCUCGAGGGGGAGCGGCUCAAACGGGAGGCGGACAUGACGCUGGAGGAGCAGAAGUUUGAGAUGGAGAAGCUGAGGAGGGAGCUGGCUGACAAAAUGGCUGAAAUGACGCAUAUCAAGUCCACUCUGCAGAGCAACGAGAAGGCGGGCAUGGAGCUGAGCGGCUCCAUGACGUCCCUGCAGGCGGAGAAGGAGCGUCUGAUGCGCUCGGUGAGCGAGAAGGAGGCGGAGCUGUCGUCGCUGCGGCAGUCUGCGCUAGCAGAGCAGUCCUCCCUGCAGGUGGAGCGGGAGAAGAGCAGCAGGGACCUGGGGAACCUCCAGAGCAUGCUGCAGGAGAAGGCCGGCCGCGAGGAGCAGCUGAAGCAGAAGCUCCUGGAGGAGCAGUUCUCUCUGCUCCAGGGGACGGUGAGCGAGGCGGAGAACAUCAUCCAGGACGCGGUGGCAAAGCUGGACGACCCGCUCCACGUCCGCUGCACGAGCUCCCCAGAUUACCUGGUGAGCCGGGCCGAAGCCACGCUGGCCUCCAUCGACCAUGUGAAGACGGGCCACGCCCAUUUUGUUAAGGACAUGGCAGACGCCGGGGCCCUGGUACGGGCCCUCACCCAGUUCUCCCACCUCGCCGCCGACACCAUCGUCAACGGCAGCGCCACCGCGCACACGGCGCCCGUCGACCACGCCGACCGGCUGACGGAGAACUGCCGCAGCUGUGCCGUGCAGAGCCUGGCGUACCUGAAGGAGCUGAAGGAGCAGGCCAGCGUCCGGAGGGCCGACCCCGCCGCCGUCCGCCUCAUCGUGCAGAAGAUCCUCCACCUGGGGCAGGAGCUGCGGCCCAAGGGCUCUGACGUGCGGCAGGACGAGCUUGGAGACAUGGUGGACAAGGAGAUGGCGGCGACGCAGGCAGCCAUCGACGAGGCGGUCCGCCGCAUCGAUGAAAUGAUGAAUCAGGCACGAAAGGACACAUCGGGGGUGAAGCUGGAGGUCAAUGAAAGAAUCCUCUUCAGUUGCACAGACCUGAUGAAGGCCAUUCGCAUGCUGGUGCUGGCUUCCACAGACCUGCAAAAGGAGAUUGCGGAGGGGGGGAGGGGAGCCGCCACCCUCAAGGAGUUCUACGCCAGGAACUCUCGCUGGACAGAGGGUCUGAUCUCGGCCUCCAAGGCAGUCGGCUGGGGCGCCACGCAGAUGGUAGAGUCUGCUGACAAGGUGGUUCUUCACACGGGGAAGUACGAGGAGCUGAUCGUCUGCUCCCACGAGAUCGCUGCCAGCACGGCACAGCUGGUGGCCGCCUCCAAGGUGAAGGCGGACCGCAACAGCACCAGGCUGACGGUGCUGCAGCAGGCGUCCCGCACCGUCAACGAGAUGGCGGCCAACGUGGUGGCGUCCACCCGGACGGGCCUGGAGAACCUGGAGGAGAAGGACACCAUGGACUUCUCCGGAAUGUCGCUCAUCAAGUUGAAGAAGGAGGAAAUGGAGUCGCAGGUGAAGGUCCUGGAGCUGGAGUCUCAGCUGGAGAACGAGCGCCUCCGGCUGGGAGAGCUGAGGAAGAAGCAUUAUGGGAUAGCGGGCGCGGCCCUGGUCUCCGACGACAACGGCGUGUCGUCCUCUGCCUCCUCCCCGUCCCACGGCAGUUCGUUGUCCCCCAGGCUACAGCAGAAGCCCAGCGUCAUGAAGAAACCAACGCUGGCCCAGAAACCCAGCCUCCUGCCCAAGAGCAUGUUCAAGUGAUCAAGAGCACAAAAGAAGAACUGGACUUUGAUGGUCGGACGCUGAGUGUCUAAGCUUCAGCCACAGACCGUUAGCACAGGGUCUCUUUUUACAGCUUUUUUAAAUCUCUCUCUCUCUAUAUAUAUAUAAAUAUAUCUUCACACAUACACAAGUAAUUAAUAUUAUUUUUGCCAAACUGAUAAUUUGGAUCCCAGAUGCCUAUAUCCCCAAGUAUGUAGUAUUUUGAUUGUAUUUUAAAACAUGUUCAUACAGCACAACCACCUCCACUGCUGUUAGUUGGUUCUUAGAGUGUACGGCACAAGGAAAGGAAACAAGGGAAGGAACCAUGUGUUCUUAGUGUGUAGGGCACGGGGAAAAAGGGAAGGAACCAUUUGUUCUUGGUGUGUAGGGCACAGGGAACAAGGGAAGGAAGCAUGUGUUCUCAGUGUCAAGGGCACAGUGAACAAGGGAAGGAACAGUUUGUUCCUUUAUCAUGCUGAUUUGUUUCAUCUAUUUUAAACCACUGUAUAUGAGCCCCUCGUGGCUGCAGAGCCUGCUGCACUGUGUUGAAUUGUGUCUAUCCUUCUUCACAUGUAUGUUUUCUGGUGACUGAAAGGUGCUGGUGCACGUGGUGCAGGAUGAGCACAACAACACACCUCACGUCUGUUUUCUGCACUGUUUGUCAUGUUCUGCUGGGUGGUGGUGGAGCCAUGCCCCCUGGUGACUGGUUCUUAACUGAUGGCCGAGGGAGUCCAUUGGAAUGUAUAGCUUUCAUAGUGUGUGUGUGUGUUUCACCCUCCCUCCUGAGUUUUGCGUAAAGGGGCUUUGAAGCGCAUCUUUUCUGUUCUAUCCUUCCUCUGUAUGUACUGUCUUUAUACACUCAGAUCUAUUAAUAUAUUUUAGUAAAGAUAAAGGUGGUUUCCAUUGUAAGAAUUGUAAAUGUGCUGAAUAAACCAUGACUGUUUAUGAUUAAGUAUGUCUUC